CACAGAAGGAUGUUCAAGGACGUUAUAUAUUCUGAGGAACAGUAUUUUUUAUUUGGAGAGCAGCUGAACUUUGGCAAAAACGAAGAAGACCAAGAAUCUCCAAAUCUAAUCAAAGGCCCAUCAUGACGAGAACAGCGAAUCAAAGGUGUUUAGGUCACGUAUUCGGAGUGAUUUUGGUGUUAGCCGGAUGUGCAUAUGGACAAAUUAAUGAGACUUCAGAGGAUGUAUUCCUAGUCAACACAACACAACUUUUUAGUAAUGGAAGUGGAGAGGCGCCACAAGUUUUAGCUAUUCAAAGGCCCUGCGGCCGUGAACAUGAAGGAUUUUGUUUGAAUGGCGUGUGCACCUUCUCACCUGAAAUGAAUACGCCCAUCUGCCGGUGUAACCCCAUGUACCAGGGUGUGCGUUGUGAACAUGUUUCUAUGAUCCGCAAAUUUUCCAGUCCUGAGGAAAUCAUUGGAAUUACCUGUGGUGUCAUUUUGUUACUUGGAGCCCUCAUUGUCAUCCUAGUGUACUGCUACUUGUGGAAAAGGAAGUCAUCACCACCUUACAAGAACUAUGGCUCUGAGAACUCCGUGUAAAAAGUUUUAAGUCCUGGACAGAAUUAAAAAAGACAUUUACAGAAAGAAAGACAGGUUGGAUUGCACCAUCUAGUGAAAAGAUGAAGAAUUGGCAAGAAACAAAAUCUGGAGUUACACUUCAUAUGAUAUUGUUAUUAGGGAUGCAUCUGUAUAUAUAUGUAAUAAUAUAAUAUGAAGUAUGACUACAUGUUCCGUUUAUCAUUUACCCCUUUUUUAGAUUUUCAGAUUCAUAAGGUCUUCACCAGCAAAUGUCACAUGCUGCCUCUUUAAUGAAUGUACUGUAUGAUGUAUGUGCACUUGGAUAUUUAUUGUAUAAACAGCAUGUUAAUGCUAAACAUAAACUGUACUAAUAUAUUUGUGUCAUAUAUU